AUUAUGAGUGCAAGAGAAGAAAUAAAAAACUACCCAUUUCUAUUGAAGGGGAUAUUAAGAAAAGAUAAUCUAUGGUUUGAAGUAGAAAGUCUCUAGGAAAGAUUAAAGAGGAAUCUUGUAAAAAUAGAUUAUUUAUACAAAAUAAUGUUUCAUAUUACUAUUUGUAAAAUAUCAGUCUAUUUUUAGUGGUUUUUGAAUGUUCUUAAAGAAAAAAUAAUUUUCUUAAAACUUUGAGAAUUGAUCAAAUUUAUUUGAGUAAAAAUGAAAAAUAUUCUGAUGUUUUUAUUUUUGAAGAAGAUCAAUUAAAUUUUACUUAGGAACAAUAACCACCUUAAAAAUUACUUUUUAAUUUAUGUAUAAUUCUUUAAACACUUUUAUUUAGUUCACAGUCUAGGUUUCGAUUUACCAUACGAUUGUUUUAAAAUUAAUAAUUACUCUUUAGAAAGAUUGCUAAAUCACCUCUUUAUAAAUAUUUUUGAAGAGAAGAAAAAAGAUAAAUAAGUAAUUAUUACUGAGGCUCAAAUUUUACAAUAGCUUUAUAAUAUUGAAAUUAUAGGGAAUAAUUAUAACUAAAGUUUUUCAAAAGUUGUUGUUAUUAAAAAACCUUUCUAUAUUAAUUCAUCAGCAGAUUCUAUUGUUGUUAAAUGGGUUAAGUUUAAAACUGAGGAGGAACGUGCUUAUUUAAAGACAGAAAUUAAAUUAUUAGAAUCUCUAAGUAAUUGUGAGAGAAUUGCAAAAUUGUAUUGUUAUGAUAAUUUUGCAGAUCAACAAUUCUUCUUUAUGAAACACUAUGAUAAAACUCUAGAAUAACUAAAUAAUGAAAUAGGCUAGCAGCAAUUAAAUUGGGGAGAUUUGAUGCAUUUAAUCAAAUAAAUGUUAUUGGCAUUAAAGGAACUACAUUCCAAAGGUAUUUAUCAUCGAGACUUAAAACCUUAAAAUAUUAUGUUUGAAUAUAUAAGUGAAAAUAGAAUAAUUUAAUAAAUGAAAUGUGUGUUAAUAGAUUUCAAUAGAUCAAAAAUGCCUAAUUAUUUAUAAAGUUAAUCGAGAGAGUAGACAUUUUACGAAGGUACUCCUCAGUAUCAACCGCCUGAAGGAACUUAAGAUAAAUAUGGACCACCUUAUGACAUAUGGCAAUUAGGUUACAUAAUUUAAUGUAUGUUACUAAGAAAAAAUAACAGUGUAUUUUCUAAUUUAAGGAAUAGACCAAUAGAAUAAUAAGAAUAUGAUCAAAUAUUUUAAUAAGAUUAAAUACUUGUUAAAACAAAUUAUAAAAACCUUUCCAGUAUUAUAUUUAAAAUGAUGCAUCAUGAUCCUUAAGAAAGACCUAAAGAAUUAUAAGAAAUUGAAGAAUUCUUUAACAAAUUGGUUUGA